AUGGCCGACGUCGAAUCACCUCCCGUGCAGGAGGCCACCACCACCGACCAAAAUCCCCUUGCAAAUAUGGAAGUCACAGAUUCAGCAGCACUGGUACCCACAAAUACAGACAGUACCACAUCGGAGCCGAAAAAGAAGACGAAGAAGAUCAUGGUCAAGAAGAAGAGAAGGCCCGCUAGAGUGCAGCAGGAAGGCUUCCAAUCAGAAAGGCCUGCUCAGACCGGUACAAUCUUCAACAUCUGGUACAACAAAUGGUCUGGCGGCGAUCGCGAGGAUGCCUACUCCUCGAAGCAACAAGCAAAGGGCAGAUGCAAUGUCGCCCUCGACUCUGGUUUCACUCAAGCCGACAGCAUUCCUGGUAGCUACUUUUGUCUAUUCUUUGCUCGCGGCCUGUGUCCAAAGGGCCAGGAUUGCGAAUACCUCCACCGUCUACCGAAUUCGCGCGUGGAAAAAGAGGGUGGCUUGGGCGAUAUCUUCCCUUCAAAUGUCGACUGCUUCGGACGAGACAAGUUUAGCGACUACAGAGAUGACAUGGGUGGUGUUGGAAGUUUCAUGCGUGUCAACAGGACUCUAUAUGUCGGCAGAAUUCACACAUCAGAUGACAUUGAAGAGGUUGUUGCCAGACACUUCCAGGAGUGGGGUCAGAUCGAGCGCGUACGUGUACUGCCAGCGCGAGGUGUGGCUUUCGUAACCUAUGUCCACCUGGCAAAUGCUGAAUUCGCCAAAGAGGCCAUGGCACACCAACCGCUAGACAACAACGAGACGAUAAACGUGAGAUGGGCAACCGUCGACCCAAACCCGCAAGCACAGAAGAGAGAAGUGCGAAAGAUUGAGGAACAAGCGGCUGAUGCCAUCCGACGCGCGCUGCCUGCCGAGUAUGUUGCUGAGAUUGAAGGACGCGGUGAAGGAUGGGAGGACGCAAGAAAGAGGAGGAAGGUCGAAGGCACGUUUGGAUUGGUCGGAUACGAAGCCAGUGAUCAGGUCUGGUAUGCAUCGGAGAAGGCCAGACUCGGAGCAGCCCAAGAACCGUACCUGCUCGAAGCUGGGGAUUCACAAGACGAGGACGAUGGUGUGCCGCUGCGGAUUGAGGACAUGAAGAGACAAGAUGCGCCCUCUGGUAUUCUCGGAGGGUCAACGUUAAGCGCACUCAAGGGUUUCACAGCGGGCUCUGGAGCAACGAGCACCAGGGCUCCCGACAAGGCCGCAGGUCCGCUGGUUGGUUAUGGAAGCGACGAGGACAGUGACUGA